CCAACUGCGCAUGCGUCGUUCAGACAUGGACCGCGAGGAGCCUCCGGUCUCUGUCCCCGUGUCUCCAGGAGAAAUGAUGAGACUGUUGGUGAAGCAGCAAGUCCACGCGGCCGUUGAAGAGUCUUUUGAGCUGUUGGACACAUUGACAGCAGCUUAUGAGGACACCGUGUCUCAGUUGAGAGAACAAUGGCGACACACAUCAGAUGUCCAGCAGCAGGUAGGGAUUAAAGCAGAUGUCCCCACUGAGGACCAGGACCAGGAGGAGCCGGAGCCCCUCCACAUAAAAGAGGAGCCGGAGCCCCUCCACAUAAAAGACCUGCACGAUCUCUGGACCCGUCGAGAGGGAGAUCAGCUCAUUGUGCUGGAGGUGGCCGAUAUUGCCAAAUUCUCAUUCACUGCUGUUACUUUGGAGAGUGAAGAUGACGAACCUCAGACCUCACGGCUUCAUCAAAGCCAGACGGAGGACGACAGAGAGGCGGAGCCUCCAGCCGGCAGCUCAGCUACACCGAUACAUACAGAAACUGAUGGAGAGGACUGUGGGGGAUCAGGACCGGACAGGAACCUAAAUCCACAUCGCCAUUCACAUCCAAAUGCUGUUGAUGAAGAGGCUUCAGACUCUUCUGAGACUGAAGCCAGUUGUGGUGAUUGGCAAGAAGCUUUGUCAGAUUCUGGACCUGAAAGUGUAGAUGGCGACAAUGUCUGGAAGGAGCCCGGGGCACCUGAGUCUGCUGCAGAUGCCCUGAAAUAUAAGGAAGCUCUUAAAGCCUUUUAUUGUAGUUGUACUAUUGUCUAAAGGCAAGCAAACCUCUCGCGCCUGACCGGGGAAUCGCGGAAAGGCGUGAGAGGCUCCCCACCGACCGACCGUCCGUCCAUCCGACCAGCAGCUGCUGCUGGAGAUGCACUUUAAACGCUUCAACGACCCCAACUUCAUCCUCACCGCCUUCGCCCCAAGUGCAGCAAGACUUUCACUCGCAGGAACACCAUGGCUCGCCACUGGGAGAACUGGGGAGGUGGAGGAUGCCAAGAAUGGAGACCCACCCCCGAAGAAAGGGAGGAGAGGUAGGAAGAGGAAGAUGAGGAGCAGGAUAGAUGAGGAUG